GCUCUUCCUUUUUUCUCCCCUGCAGCCGAACAAGAAGCAAGCUUUCGACAGCCCUCCCUUGAAGAAAAAUCGGUAAAAGCUUGGUAUUUUUCUCCUUCUUUUCUUGUUCUAGGACUGGAAUUGAACCCAGAAUUCUUCCCCCUACAGAGAAAAUCCUAGAUCUGCUCUAAUCCUUCCUCCCGUCCGUCUGCUGCUCCUACUUUGUGGGGGCAAAUUGCUUUGGUUUUUGUAGAUUUCUUGAUUUUUUUCUCCCCAAUUCCCGCUGGCUUCCUUUAGCUUGGAGCUCCGGUUUUGCUGGGAAAUUUCUGGUAUGUUGACAGCUCUUCCAAGCCCAAAAUUUCAUCAAUUAGUUGCUGAAUUUUGUCCAUUUAUUUGUUGCCUUGUGUGUCCAAAAAUCUGCUGGAAGAGGGAAGAAUUUCGGCAGCAAUAGGUUGCCUUUUUUUUAGUUUAAUUUAUGUAGAAUUUCCUUGAGUUGGUUCCUGUGAUUUUGGAGGAAAAUCCCGAGUGUUUUAGCCCCUGUUUUUGCCAAGCCGUGCUCUUCCCUUUUGCCGUGGGAUUGGGAAACCAAAUUGGUGAAAUUUGGCUUUAAAACCUCUUGUUUAAGAGAUUUUUGGAUAUUAUGAUUUUAUUUGAAAAUAUUUGGACUUUGGGUAGAUAUACGGUUUUGAAUAAAAGUGAAUUAUAUUAUGGUUGAAUUUCGUGUGAAGCUCAUUGGUUAGGAAAUUUGCGAGAUUGUGCUUGGAAUAUUAGGUGCUGUUAUGGCUUAGAACACUGGGAUUGAGUCUUCCGUAUUACGGAUUUGAGGAAGCGAAGUCAAGGACGAGGAAAAACGAGGGGAGUGAUGAGUUAAAAGGCUAGCCACCUGUAAUUUGAUAUAGAUUUAGAUAUAGAUCAUGAUCUUAUUCAUGAAAUUAAUCUUGUCUGCCAUGUUCGUAAGACCUUGUUUUGAAACUUGGUCAUUUUCUAAUAGUCUGCACUUGUUUAGACUUGUUACUUGAAUAGAAUUUUUUAUGCUCUUUUGCCACAAUUGUAAAAUCUGGGGAGUUGCAGAGAUCUUUUGUUAUUGAUCCUGUUGGUUUCUAAAGCAUAACUGGUUGAGAAAUUGUUCUGUUUGUCACAUGACCAGUGGAAGAUGGGCAAACCCUCUACUUUCCCCCCCUCCAAGCCGCCGGCACCAGCCUUGGGAAAUCGGUGAGCUUGAUGAAAUUUCUCUUCUUUUCUUGUUAAAUCACAAGAUUUGGGGCUUAGAAUCUUCCCUCUCAACCCAGAAAAUCCCAGUUCUACUCUGCUCUGCUCUUUCUCCCGUCCGUCGGUUCUGCUGGGUGUGAAUCCUUCGACUUUUCGGGUAAGCCACAGCCAUGAAAUUCAUCCUCUCUCUCUCUUAAAUUGGCUUGGGUUACUCUAAUUUUCUUGUUGGUUCUUGAAUUUUUGGAGUUUUGCCAUGAGUUUCCCCCCAGGAUUUCCGUCGGCUUCCUCACCAGCCAAGCUCGGUUUCUGCUGGCUGGAAUUCUGGUUUUGAUCGCUCUAUCGGUUUAGCACUGAAAUCGAGUCUUCGGUUUUGUGCGAGGAAGCGAAACUAAGGACGGGGAAACCAAGGGGAGUGACGAGUUAGAAGGCUAGCCAUCUUGUAAAUUGAACAUGGAGUUUAGAUAUAAAGGAUGAUCUUGUAAACUAGAGUUUAAUCGGAGAUUUUAUACAUUCAUUUAAUGGAUUGUUAGUUUACCAAAGAUUUGACCUUAAGGUUUUGAGUUUAAGUCAUGUUGGACAUAGAAUAAAUUUUGAAAUAUCCG